AUGGGCCCCCCGGCGGCGCUGGUGCUGCUGGUGCUGCCGGUGCUGCCGGCCCUGGAACUGGGAGCCGGGGCCGGGACCGGGGUUCGGAGCAAGGAGGCGGGGGUCGGUCCGGGCCGUGGCCGCGGGGAAGACAAGUUCUCGGCACUGCAGAGCGUGGAGCGGGCUCUGGGUCCCGAGCGGGAGCUGCUGCGGCUGCUGGAAGGCUACGUGCGGGGUGAGGAGGCCCGUCUGCGGGACCUGCGCAGGUUCUACAACAAGGUUCUCUCUUUGCAUGAGGGGUCAGCCACCCCUGUGGGUAACCCUCUGCUGGCCUACACCCUCAUUAAGCGGCUACAGUCUGAUUGGAGGAAUGUUGUGUACAGCCUGGAAGCCAGUGAGAACAUCCGAGCCUUGAAGGAUGGCUAUAUAAAAGUGGAGCAGGACCUCCCUGCCUUUGAGGACCUGGAGGGGGCAGCCCGGGCCCUGAUGCGUCUACAGGAUGUGUACAUGCUGAGUGUGAAAGGACUAGCACAUGGGACUUUUCAGAGAGUCACCGGCUCUGAUGUCACUGACUUAUACAGGCCCAGCCAGGUUUUUCCCCUCUCAGCAGAUGACUGCUUCCAUGUGGGUAAGGUAGCCUAUGACAUGGGGGAUUACUACCAUGCCAUCACUUGGCUGGAAGUGGCCGUCAGCCUCUUCCGAGGCUCCUAUGGGGAGUGGAAUACAGAGGACGAAGGGAGCCUAGAAGAUGCUCUGGACUACUUGGCUUUUGCUUAUUUCCAGGCAGGAAAUGUUUCUAACGCCCUCAGUCUCUCCAGAGAGUUCCUUCGCUACAAUCCAAAUAACAAGAGAAUGGCCAGGAACAUCCAGAAAUAUGAAAGGCUGUUGGCAGAGAAAUCCAGUGUGACAGGACCUGAGGUGGCCAUCAAGAGACCUAAUGUCCCCCACCUGCAGACUAGGGACACCUACGAGGGACUGUGCCAGACUCUGGGUUCCCAGCCCACCCACUACCAGAUCCCAAGCCUCUACUGUGCCUAUGAGACCAACGCCAGCCCCUACCUGCUGCUCCAGCCUGUGCGGAAGGAGGUGCUUCACCUGGAGCCCUACAUCGUCCUCUACCAUGACUUUGUCAGUGACUCUGAGGCUCAGAAGAUUAGGGGGUUUGCAGCACCCUGGUUGCAGCGGUCAGUGGUGGCCUCCGGGGAGAAGCAGCAACAAGUGGAAUACCGCAUCAGCAAGAGUGCCUGGCUGAAGGACACUGUGGACCCGAUGUUGGUGUCCCUAGACCACCGAAUUGCAGCCCUCACCGGCCUCAAUGUACAGCCCCCCUAUGCUGAGCAUCUCCAGGUGGUGAACUAUGGAAUUGGAGGACACUAUGAACCUCACUUUGACCAUGCAACAUCACCAAGCAGCCCUCUGUACCGAAUGAACUCCGGGAACCGGGUUGCAACCUUCAUGAUCUAUCUGAGCUCGGUGGAAGCUGGAGGGUCUACAGCCUUCAUCUAUGCCAACUUCAGUGUCCCAGUUGUGAAGAAUGCAGCCCUGUUUUGGUGGAACCUUCACAGGAGUGGUGAGGGCGAUGGAGAUACAUUACACGCUGGCUGCCCUGUCCUGGUUGGAGACAAAUGGGUGGCCAACAAGUGGAUCCAUGAGUAUGGGCAAGAGUUCCGCAGACCCUGCAGCUCAAAGCCUGAAGACUAGUCUGAGUGCAGAGGCCUCCUCCUGGGAGC